CUGAGGCUACCCUGCGCGCUUCCCGCGCUCCGGGUCCUCCUCCCAGCCGCUAGCCCCAUUUUUCAGCGGUCUAAAUCGUUCGCGUCAUCAGCUGCUUCCCUUCUUCUCUUGUUCAUCAUCAUCAAAGCCAACCAAGUGCAGGGUAGGCCACUAGGUAGCUGGCCCAAGGAAACAUGGCGGCGGAGGGAGAGGCCCUCAUGGCAGCGGAGAGGGCAGAGACGUCGACUGCACCGGCGGCGGCGGCGACGGAAUCAGCAGCAAACGGGAAACCGGCGGCGAGCUGGAAGCCGGCGAUGGUGCUGGGGAUCGACGAAAGCGAGCACAGCUACUACGCGCUGGAGUGGACGAUCCACCAUUUCUUCGCCCCCGGCCAGCCGCAGCAGUACCACCUCAUCGUGGUCAGCGCCAAGCCACCUGCCGCCUCCGUCAUCGGCAUCGCCGGCAUAGGCACGGCGGAGCUGCUCCCGAAGGUGGAGCUCGACCUCAAGCGCGCCUCCGCCAGAGUCAUCGACAAGGCCAAGGAGCACUGCUCACAUGUGACCGAUGUCAGCUAUGAAGUGAAAGAGGGCGACGCCAGGAAUGUGCUGUGCGAGGCAGUUGAGAGGCAUCAUGCAGACAUGCUGGUUAUGGGCAGCCAUGGCUACGGUGCUUUCAAGAGGGCCGUUCUUGGGAGCGUGAGCGAUUACUGCACUCACAACGCGCACUGCACCGUGAUGAUAGUGAAACAACCAAAGCACCAUAAGAAGCAUGAACAAUUGGGAUUCCACAGAAAGGAUGCUUGAAAAAAAUUCAAGGCCCUUAGGUUAGAGAUAGAUAUGAAAGAGAUUUGGGCAUGCGUGUAUAGGUAUUAACCUAUUGCCUUGUAUAUCAAGGUGUGAUCUCAUCAUGAACUGAGCAUAGCUUAGAUGGUUAGGUUCCUUUUGGUGGAACCAACCCAUGAGGGUUCAAUUCCUAGACUUCGCACUUGGGGUCACAUUUUUUUGGAUUUUUUUCGAGCCUUUCGAUAAUUUCGUUGAUUUCAAGAUGUUGUGACAACUCAGUAUCUCAUAGGGAUAGGGUGUACCUAGUUGUGUUAUCCUAGAUUACAAAAAACAUCAGGCUUAUAUAUCAUAUAAUACUUGGAUUAUCUUUUGUGGCCUUAGUAUGAGAGUCUCUUGCUUACGUGAGAAUUUGGUCACUCUCGCUUUAUUGCCUCGUGUCAUGAAGUCAUUA